AACCACAGGCACAUCCGGUCGUUACUUUCAAAAUAAUAAUAAGAUCCUAUUAAUGAUGUAGCCUAUCAUUAAUACAUAUUCUGAGUAAAAAUGUUCCACUCACAUCAUGUAAUAUUCCCUUGUUGGCCUGAAAUGUCACUUUUAGGCUUAAUAUAUUUUGAGAAAAAAAAAUAAUCACAGUUAGGUCUAUAUGUGACAAGAAUGAAGGUCAGUGUUGAAUAGGAGCAGGCACAUCAUAGGGAGAACUAAAACAAACACACAAAAGGUGCAGUAAGUAACAAAAGAUUAAAUUUAUACUGCAGGAGAAAUGUAAUCAUCAGCAGGCAGUGUUAUUAAAAAAAGAAAAAUAUUACCGAUAAAACAACUUGUAUAAAUGAAUAAAAGGGAUAACCUGUUAAAAGGUCUUUGUGCUAUUAUAAGCAGAUUUCUAGAGUAAGAAAUGAGCUGUAUUACAAUUUAAUUAGAUCAAAAUUAGGAGCAACAAGUAGCAAAAUUACAUAUAUAUAUAUAUAUAUAUAAGUAGGCUAUGAAUAAUAAUAAUAAUAAUAAUAAUAAUAACAAUAAGGCCAACAUUACCCUACAUUAAAUUGUCAAAAGGCAGGCUUAAACAUUUCUUUCUGUGAAGUGACUCCUUAAUGUGCGGGCUAUAAUCCAUUUCCAAAACAGACAACCCCUAUUAGGCUUUCACUUUGAAAGACCAACCGCCUUCUUCCGGUGAUGCUCUCGGUGACUGUCGCCAGUUUCACGCAGCUGGAGCGUCUAGCGGCGGCACGCGCGCCUUGCGCAUCUGUCAGCGGAAUACAAACGGCCGUUUUCAGAGGAGAGGAGGGCACAAUCGCUUUCUGAGGCAUCACUCUCCUUCUCGGAGGUUUUUAUGUCUGUCGCCUGUUGACCAUGGGAACACAAACUGACAAACGAGGUCCGGUGCAUUCGGUUGGAGGAGCCGUUCAGUGACAGCUGCUGUUAUCUGACUGACAGACAGCCCGGUGAAACGUGACGGACAGGUAAACCACUGUACCUUUCUAAUCAAUGGCCUGGGGAAUAACGACAACAGAAAAUAUGCUGUAACGUGAAGUGGUGCGUUUAUUUGGACUUUACCGCUUUCUGGCUGAAGUAUGGGGCUGUUAUAGCCGGUGAAGCGGAGGCUGGAGGUUUGUGUCUGGUUUUGUCUGCGCUCCGUCCCCUCCGGUGGACGCAACUGAAGAGACUGGAGACACGGACGGAGACAGGGCUGUUCUUGUGUCGGCUGUUUCGGCGGAGACAUGGCAGCGGCCAUCGCCAGCGGUUUGAUCCGACAGAAGCGACAGGCGAGAGAGCAACACGCCCACCGACCGACUGCUCACCGGCGGCGGAAGAGCCCCGGUAAGAAGCAGGGGCUGUGCAACGGGAACCUGGUCGACAUCUUCUCCAAAGUCCGGAUAUUUGGCCUGAAGAAGAGGAGGCUACGGAGGCAAGAACCACAGCUGAAGGGCAUAGUGACCAGGUUGUUCUGCAGACAGGGAUUCUAUCUCCAGAUGGGCCAGGAUGGAAGUCUGGACGGGACCAAAGACGACAGCACCAACUCCUCUCUGUUUAACUUAAUUCCUGUGGGUCUGAGAGUCGUGGCCAUCCAAUCAGUGAAGACCGGCCUCUACAUCGCCAUGAACGGAGAGGGUCACCUCUACUCCUCGGAACUGUUUACAGCAGAGUGUAAGUUUAAGGAGUCGGUGUUUGAGAACUACUAUGUGAUCUACAGCUCUAUGCUCUACAGACAGAAGGAGUCGGGCCGGGCCUGGUUUCUGGGCCUCAAUAAAGAGGGACAGGCCAUGAAGGGCAACAGGGUUAAAAAGACCAAACCAGCUGCACACUUCCUGCCUAAACCUAUAGAAGUUGCGAUGUACCGAGAGCCUUCGUUGCACGAUGUAGGGGAGGCGGUGCCCAAACUCGCCGGGGGCCCGCCGUCCAAAAGCACAACCAGCGAACCGGUGGUCAUGAACGGUGGCAAACCAGUCAGCAAACCCGACAAGGAGGAGACAUAACCCCCCCACCCCCACCCCUUUCUCCGCCCUCCUCUGGCCUGACCAGAGGCCAGGAAAAGCCAGAGACCCGCCCCACUGCUGCGCUCUCAAAUAACAAAUCUACAACUUAAAAAAAAGGUAACAAAAACAAACAACAGCUCAAGUUCUGACUGGUCAGCAGUGGGGCCGCACGUCCCCGCCUCACCUCUCUCCCUAUUGGACGGAUCGGGUGUUGAGGGGCAGGGCCGGAGGGACAGAGCGCUGCGGCUGGCGGUGGCGGGAGAAGAGAGGAGGAAGAAGAAGACGGGUCAGUGCCAGCCAGAUGUUUUGAAACAGGGACAGUGGCAUGCCCUCAUAAUGGAGACAAAAUGACUUCUUAACAAUAUAAACAAAAACAAAAAAAACAAACAAAAAAAAAAUGUCGUCUUCACCGGUAUUUUUCUGUGACAAUCUGUAAGAAUGAGGCCCUUUAUUUUUUCCCCCCUUCCUGUUUUCCGUUGUCAGGUAUGCUUGUUCGCUAGUGGCCCCCCCCCCCCCCCCCAACACACACGAAAUCGACCACUUCGAUUCAAUCUUUGAGUGAAAAAAAAAAAAAAACAGAUUAGAAACAUCUGCAAACAUCAGGCUGAAGAACACUUGAAACAGCAAACACUGAUGGUUCAGUGGGAUGCUUAGUCAUCGAUCAAUUCAUUAAGAUUUGGCAUUGGACCGUCUGCACUAAGCGUACAAUUUUCAGUGAAUGAACACACCCACUGAUCUGUCUCUAAUUCUGAUCAUAAACUAUAUAUCCGUUUUGAGACCACAUAGCUUAGAGCAUGUUUGUCUUUUCAGUAUUCCUUUAUUAUCUAUUCAUUAAGUGUUUUAUUAUCCUGCACACACAAAGCACUAGUGAUUAUCCAGCUCCGUUUGUUGUACAGACACAGAACAGAUUUUUUCUUUUUCUACCUCUCCGUCUGACAAUUUGUUUGUUUUUGUUUUUUCUUUCCCCCUUAUUACUGCUACGAUUUCUAGAGUCCGCGUGUCAAAACGAAGAGCUUUGGCAUUUAUAUUAGCGUGUAGCUGAAACCAGAAAGACUUUCGCACAUUCCCCGUUUGUAGCAGCAUGGAAGAGAGCAUGGGGAGGCAUGCUGGCGUCCGAGCAGCAUGGUAGCAGUCAGUGUUUACAUGGAGCAGCAGAUACUGUAGACGGAGGUGCAUCGAACCUCAAGAAGGGUCAGAAACGCGGUGGGGCUUUCAGCUUCCGUUCCUUUGCCGACUACUUGAAAUGAAAAGGUGGGAAUGAGGGUAUUGGUUAACAGGGUAAAUGGUUUUAAAGCCACUAUGUGUAGGAUUUCUGACUUUACUACGCAGUGGUGCUUUAUAUCUUUAAAAAAAAAAAAAAGCAACUGUGGUAGAAACAUAGAUCCGGCACUGGAGGGCUUCACUGGUCCAAUUAGUUCCCAGGAAGCAAGACCCGGUCUAAUCAGGUCAGGUAAGGUCCUGUUGUAUUGCUGCAGGUCUAAGGCAGUGGUGGAAGAAAUAUUUAGAUCCGUUACUAAAGUAAAAGUACUUAUACCACAUUGUAAAACCACUCCACUCCUUCUAUCAGCUAAAUAUACUUCAAGUAUCAAAAGUAAAAAGAGAGAAAGACUAAUAUAUUAUCAUAUAUGACUUUAUUAGAGUUUAAAACUGAUGCAUCAAUGUGCAUGGACCAUUUUAGUGCUGUAGCUGUUUGAGGUGGAGCCAGUUUUAACUCCUUUAUAUACACUGGGUAGUUUAUUCCACUGGUUCCACAUCUAUGGGCCCCUCCAAAGAGUCACAGGAUCCGUCUGAGAGGUCACAACACGAUGAAAAACGUGACCUUAUUGGGCCUCAGACAGUAUUUAAAUAAAUGGUUAAGUCUUUAAUAAUGCAUAUUUGACAAGCUUAUCAUGUUUUUUUUAAUGUAAAGAAUAAAAUUAAUUAAAAAGAUUUCCCUGUGAAAUGUAGACGUAGAAAUCUAAAAAUCCGUCAGUAAAGUGCCUCAGAACGCCCUUGAGUGGGUAUUUUCCACCGCUGGUCUCCGGUCUCUGUGGGUCAAUACGUCUGAUACUCGAGUGGAUCCAGGCAGACUUGUUAUCAGCUAUCAUAAUCAUCACAGGUUGUAAAAUGUGAGAAGUGUGAAGUGCUGGGAAAAUGACAUGUAUUUUUACACUGUUCAGCUGCGGCUGGAUGAUCCAUCACGCCAGUACUGCAGUUAACAGCGUUUGGGAUUGGGUUUAAUUAUUCUUGGGUCUAAAUGGAUCAGGUUUUUUUUUUAAAUUAAUUUAUGCACAGUUUUCCGCAGGACAAUGAUUUGAAUAAUGCUGUAAUCACAUAAAAAGUCCUCACAUAGUGGCUUUAAACUAGUCUGCACAAUGGCCUAUAGAAUCACUCUAGGCUGCUUAAAAAAGUAUUAGAUGUGGUUCGCGUAGAAACUGGUGAAAACCACUAAAAAAACAAACAAAUAGCACACAUUGAUUACAGUGUUACAUGAAGCUGUCAUCGAGUCAAACACACUGGGAUAUGGCUUUGUGCGAAAACGGGAAGCGACAAGGCAGAAAAUGAAAUGAAAUGAAACCAAACAGAUUCCCACGCCUCGUGCUCUCAGUGUGACAGUCAACAACGACACCGAUCCGUUUCCAGACUCCACACACAGGCAGUUCUGUUUCCGGUCGAGACGCCAAUUAACUCAUUAAAAAAAUUAAAAAAUUUUAAAAAAGUUACAGCAGUGGUCGGUCAUAUCUCUGAGGAGAUGUUAAUACUGUGAUCCCUCACUUCAGUGACAAUGAGGCACUUUGAGUCGCUUUGAAUCCCAAUUUUUUGGGGCAAAAUAACCUCUUUGCAUUUUAACGAGAUCUUUGAAACACUGUCUUGUUUGCUGGAUAUGAAUGAUCUCCACUGACGACAGCAGAACUACAAAAACACCCGACAAAAAAAAUCAAGGUUGUACAAUUAAGUGUUCUGACAUCAAACAAGCACCAGCCCAGAUCGGCCUCAGUAACAGGCACCGUAUGUGUGUGUGUGUGUGUGUGUGUGUGUGUGUGUGUGUGUGUCGCAGGUGAAACCCUGCACCGGAGCCACUCUGACGUGUUAAAUGUUGUCCCGCUGUGCGGUACUCCAGGAGGAUACAGAGACCGUGAAAAAUACUAGACAGCUUGCGGCGUCUCUAAUUGGCAUUUCUCAGAUUUCUUUCCUCACAUCACGCCGCAUUUUUUCCCCUCCUGUGAUCUCGUUAGCCGUUAACUCGCCUCCGUCUUCAAAUGCGUGUGGCCGACCGGCUCGCAUUACAUGAAACCUGCCCGGUCCAAUGUGCUCACGCUGGUGUCAUCUCCUGGCCUUUUCAACACUGAUAUGAAAGCGAUUACGAGAGCUGUUUAUUAAUGUGGGGAAAAGAUUCAAGAGGGAUCAAAGUUUAGCAUUUUAAAAUUUCGGUGUCGCCGAAGUUUAAUGUUGAUCUAAAAUCUACAAGUGCAUGUGGAAUGUGUUGCUGCUGUUGGUUCAUCGGAGAAGUGUUAUAUGCUGGAUUGUAGUAGCUACUGUAUGUGAAUGCCUCUCAUCCCCAAGAUGUGAGAUCCUCAUUUCAGCAGCGUUUACACAAGAUUUCUAAAUUCUCAAAAGGUGUUUUAGCUUCAGCUCCUCUCUGAUGUGACUUAAAGAGUGUGAAGAUCUGAAGAAGUGAGAUGGUGGUGAUGGAGAAGAAGAUGUCUUUGGACCGGUGUUGUACUUGUCUCGCGUCAAAGAAAUGUAGAUGUAACAUUUAUCGACUAUUUGUUGUGUUAUUAGCAAAAAAAAAGAAAGAAAGAAAGAAAGAACCCUGACAAUCAGGUCUGUAAACUUCUUUUUCAUUUAACACAUCCUGUGUCGUCCCGACUGCCUGUGUCCAAGCAGGAGCUUUACGAGAAGCGGCUUUAACGACAGUAUGGAGGAGGAUGUUGUUGUGCUUGGCUGAGCAACCAUUUCCAGACACAAUGGGUAACAAGGACUCCAGGACGGCGGCUGCUUUUCCCUGAAUGAUUGUCAAGCAGCUCAUUUGUGCCACACUGGCGGCGAGAGGAAUAGGAACCCAAAUCUUCCGUCAUGUUCAGAGCGGCCCGGCUUGUUAGGUUGGCAGAGGGGUUCAAAUCCUGUGAAAGCAGCUAUUGAAGAUCUGUGCUACAUACUCAAGAAUUAAUUAUGGCUGAGGCCAUUGGGGGGGUGGGGGGUGGGGGGUGUUGGUGGCCUGGUUUCCUGGAUACUGACCAAAGACACUGCAACAAUAGUGUUUCCAGGCUUGUAAUCACAGCUCACGGUUCUAACAAACGAAAGCGCAAUUACUGUCAGCGUCUCCUGAGAGAUUUCUAUCCACCGGUGGUCAGCCAGGUAGCAAGGCUACAAUUAUGAGCCACGUAACAGCGGGCGCCCUGCCUGCACAGGAAGAGAGCGGCUGAUUUAAUUAGAAGUGAGCAAUCACGACAAAACACGGGUCACUUUGAAUUCCCACAUACAAGUACCACUUGUGUUUUUCUCGCGGCAGGUACACAUGUAGCCAUCUUACUUUGUCCUGCAUGAACUGUAGCUCUGAAAUCAGACGGCACAAAAUGGACACGAGACCAGACCUAAUAGGACAAAAAAAAAAAAAAAAGGCAGUGCAGGUGCACUUUAGAGACAUGUAGUGGUGAGCACUGUUCCCAUGAUGUAGCUCGUCUCCCUCAGGUUUUUCUUUGUCGUUUCUUUUUCCCGCUCCACUUUAUUCCUCUUACAAAAGACUGCCUUAUUACAUCUGAAUCUGAAAGGAGACAGUAAACGCGCUCUCCUCCCAGCUGUUUCUUUCUUUCUCCGAACGCUCUCAUCCCACACACACACACACACACUCUCUCUCUUCAUCUUAUUUUACUUUUCAAUUAUCCUUUGAUCCACAAUCUUCUGUUCACUGUAACUAUGCUAGCUUUCGCUCUCUGCUCGUUUUGUAAUCAUGCAGCCAGAGAACUUACUCCCACCUCCUCUUUUCUCUUCUACAAACCCCCCACCCACCCACCCACCUCCACCUCCUCCUCCUCCUCCCCCUCUUCCUCCUCCUCUCUCUGUUUGGACUGUUUCCCACUUGUUGCAUGGUUUUUAAAAAGAGGAAAGAUUGCGGGGGGCUAAUGCAUGUGGUAAUGUAGGAAAUGUGUUAUCAAAAACAAAACAAACAUAUACAGCCUAGCACCAGUAAACCUUUGCCUCUGGCUCAUUCCUCCUCACUGGUUCGUCACUGCCACAGACGCCAAAGCGGCUUUGGACAUUUUAUUAUUCAUGCAUUUGUUUUCCAUGUGGCACCAGAGACAACUCCCUAAGACAUAUUGUUUUUAAAGCAUAAUCCAUCAUUGUUAUGAUGGAGCAAAGGGAGAAGGAAUCAAAAUGACUUCAUAUCACUAACAUUGUUACGCUGAUGCACGUGCAGAGCAUCAGUGCGUCACUCUGGAGGCUGAGAGCAGGAAAAUGGACGAUUAUAAAAAAAACAAAAACACAGCAACGUGUAAUUGCUUGAUAGUCUUUGCUUCUUCUUUUAACAAUGAUGGAUCAGAGCUGAGGAAGUUGUUCAGGGUGGAGUUAUGUGCAGGUCAGUCAUGUAACAGCCUUGGAAAUAUUACUUCACCGGAUCGGGUGGCAAUUUUCUUUGUGACAUUUAAAGUGGAAGAAAAACAGUGUCAGGUCGACGUGAAGGAACAAAGAAGAAAGGUCUCGAGUCUCAAGCGUUAAAGACAAUACAAAGAUGGUGCAGACUUUCUUCGUCUUUUACUAAAUGGAGUGCAGCUGGAGGUUCACUCCAGGAACAAAUCAAGCACCAUCUUUGGUUUUACACAGUUUCUUCGCUCAGAAUAAAUCAUGUUUUUUACUCUGUUGGACCUGACUCUUGUUGAUGACCGCAUACCAUCCAGUCCAGUCGUUCCUGGAACAGAGCAAGUAGCAAACUCGCAGCCUGUUGCAUCUUGCUCGUGCAAAACCGUGCGAGCAAUGAGCCAAAGGCAAAACGGGUCUGGCGCUAACUUUAAAAAGGAGAUUUCUCUGUCUGUCAGUUAAAUGUACAGUUACCUUUACGUACAUAUUAUGCAAACAGUUUGUCUGCACUGUACAGUUUGUGUCCAAUCCAUUGUAUACACACAGAAAACGAUGAUAUUGAAUAAAGGAUUUAUAGAAAGGAA